AACAAGCAAAGCAGAAUGGAAGGUAACUGGCUUUUGGUUUUGAGUGUCGUCUUGUUAAUGUAUGCAGCUCAUGGAUGUCCCAACAAAUGCCUAUGCUAUACAGCUUCAAAGACUGCAGACUGCAAGAAUAGAGGAUUUACUGAAAUUCCUGCCCGUUUACCUCCUGAAAUUCAGAUACUACAGUUGCAGAAUAAUCGUAUCUGGAGAAUCAACCAAAAUGCAUUCACUGGAACACCGUUGCUCAAAAUCUUAGACUUGUCUAAUAAUUCGCUCUCAAGUUUGGCACCAGGUGCUUUCCAAAAAUUACGGUAUCUACAGGUUCUAAACCUGACCAGAAAUUUGAUUCAUUAUAUAGAAAACAAGACUUUCAGUUUCCUCCCACACCUAAAAGAACUGGACUUGUCAUCCAACAGCAUUAUACGUUUGCCUGAGACUUUUGGAAACAGCACAGGGAAUAUAACAUUGCUCUCUGUGAAGCAUAACAAACUUCAGAAAAUGGAGAGAGUUCUGCUGGAGUCACUUCCGAACCUGAAAGUGGUUCUUUUCAAAGAUAAUCUCUGGCAAUGUAAUUGUAAUGUCUUUGGCCUGAAACUGUGGCUGGAGAGCUUUUUAUACAGGGGAGGAAUAAGUGAUGGCAUUAUCUGCUCAACACCAGGGAUUCGGAAGGGAAAGGACCUCCUCAAAGUUCCCUAUGAGCUGUUUGGGGCAUGCCCUCUAACAACAGCUCACGUUCAUCUGGCUAGCAUCCACCACCAUAGCUUUGAGCACAGAAGUUCUCCGAAGCAUGCUCAUCACAAUGAACACGGGGAAAACAGCCGUUCAAACUGUGAACCCAAACCAAAGCCAAGGCCUGUUAGUUUGCGUCAUGCAAUUGCCACUGUGGUAAUAACUGGAGUUGUCUGUGGAAUUGUGUGUCUAAUGAUGUUGGCAGCUGCUGUUUAUGGUUGUGCCUAUGCUGCAAUUACUGCUAAAUACCACAGAGAACAUUUGGCCCCGGUCAGACACCAUGGGACUCCUGAGGAAAAAGACCCAAUAUGA